UGUGUUAAUCCUUGGUCACACAAACUUAACUCGCGGGUAGGUGGGAUGUGUGUGAAAGGUUGUUGCCGUCUACUUUUAUGGGUUUCCACGAGUUAUGGAGGAGCGCCAAAGAGAGAGAGAGAGAAAUGGAUAGGAGGAAACUGUAUGUACUUACCAUUUUCGUGACUCUCUCUGUUAGAUGCGGGUGCGUUGCUAAUUACACCAGGGACGAUUUCCCUCAUGACUUCGCUUUUGGAUCUGGAACUUCUGCUUAUCAGUGGGAAGGAGCUUAUGACGAAGACGGGAAAAAGCCUAGCGUCUGGGACACUUACGUUCACUCUCGAAGAUGUGCAGCUGAUGGUUGAAACUGGCUUAGAGGCAUUCAGAUUCUCCAUCUCUUGGUCUAGGCUUAUACCCAAUGGAAGAGGUUCUGUUAACCCAAAGGGUUUACAGUUCUACAAGAAUUUCAUCCUUGAACUUGUAUCCCAUGGAAUUGAACCACAUGUUACACUGUACCAUUACGAUCAUCCUCAGCAACUCGAGGAUGAAUAUGGAGGAUGGCUCAACCGCAGAAUUAUAAAAGACUUUACAGCUUAUGCAGAUGUUUGCUUCAGAGAGUUUGGGAAACAAGUAAAAUUCUGGACCACAAUAAACGAGGCUAAUAUAUUCACUGUAGGAGGUUACGACGGUGGGAAUACACCGCCUGGUCGUUGUUCUACCUGCUUGUCAGGCAACUCAUCGACUGAACCAUAUAUCGUAGCCCAUAACUUGCUUCUUGCCCACGCCUCUGCUUCAAGGCUAUACAAACAAAAGUACAAGAAUACACAAGGAGGUUCUGUAGGAUUUAGCAUAUUUGCAAUAGGAUUUAGACCUAGUACAAACUCCAAGGAUGAUGAAAUGGCAAUCCAAAGAUUCAAAGAUUUCUUCUUCGGGUGGAUGCUGGGGCCUCUUACAUAUGGAGACUAUCCAGAGGGAAUGAAAAGAAUAGUAGGAACAAGACUGCCAGUUUUCACAAAGGAAGAAUCAGAACAAGUCAAAGGCUCCUCUGACUUUGUAGGAGUCAUUCACUAUCUUGCUGCUUCUAUCUCAAACGCCCAAUCCCAACCUUCUCUUCCAGGGGACUCUGCUUUUUUUACAGACAUAGGCGCGUCUUUGACAUACUCUGGUAACUUCUCAGCUUUCGAGUAUGAAGUUGCUCCAUGGGCUAUGGAAGUGGUCCUGGAGUAUAUAAAGCAGAGCUAUGGCAAUCCUCCUGUCUACAUUCUUGAGAAUGGUAAACCGAUGAAGCAAGAUUUGCAGCUACAAAAGAAGGACACGCCAAGGAUUGAGUUUUUAGAUGCGUAUAUUGGCGCUGUGCUCAAAGCCGUUAGGAAUGGAUCAGACACGAGAGGUUACUUCGUGUGGUCGUUUAUGGAUUUGUAUGAGUUGCUAAGCGGAUACAAGUUUAGUUUUGGAUUGUACUCUGUGAAUUUCAGCGAUCCUCAUCGCAACAGAUCUCCCAAACUCUCUGCUCAUUGGUACUCUGCUUUCCUCAAGGGCAACACCACAUUUCUUGGCUCCCAAGGCAUCACGCGAUCGCAGAGCAACUUGUCUUCCUCCUAGUAGCUUUUUUUUUUUUUUUUUUUAAGAAGUUAUGUUUCUGAUGAAUCCAGUUCAGUUUAAAACCCGAUUAUAAUCGAAUAAAUAUGCAUAAUUUAAAGAGCUACCGAGUUUAUUUA